AUGUCUUCUUCCGCCACCAGAGGUGGAGGGGGUGUCGGCGCGGCUGCAGGAGGCCGAGGGGCCGGCGGCCUUCUUUUCGUCCCGACCAUCAUGGUGUCCGCCCUGGUCGAUGGCCGACGAUCCCGUUUGCUGGUCGGCGCCAACAAGGGUAGUAGGGUGGUGGCGACGGAGCAAGCAACGACCACCGCCGGCGACCGAAAGCUCUCGGUGGCCAACGAUGAAAUAGGAGGAACUGUUCUUUCGGAACUCGAGGAAGCUGGGAUUGACGUGUCACAUGUUAUAAUCUCUGAUGGUGGAAACACAACAUUUGUUUAUGUCAUUAUUGAUAAGAAAACGAAAACCCGAACAUGUAUAAUCACGUCAGGCUACCCUCCAAUGGUUCCUGGUGACAUAUCAGUGUCAAAUUUGUCAGCUGCACUACAAGAUGUUAACUUGCUAUACCUAGACGGAUAUUCACAUGAAAUGGCACUAUCUGUUGGUAAGCAGGCUGAUCUAAUGAAGAUCCCAAUACUGGUUGAUGCGGAACCAGAAAGAACAAAGACAGAACUGGGGCAUCUGCUCGACCUAUCGAGUUACAUUGUCUGUUCGGGUAAAUUUCCAGAGAAAUGGACAUCAAUUUCCUGCAUUCCUUCUGCACUACUAGAGAUCCUUGUGCAAUAUCCCCGUGCGAGGUUCGUCAUUGCAACCCUUGGAGAAAACGGGUGCAUGAUGCUUGAGAGGAUCGAAGAUGCGGUAGAUAUUGGGAAUGUUGCUGAGUCCUUAAGGCUUAAAGUGCAUAAAGAUGACAAUCUGCCAACUUGUGUAUCAUCCAAGUUCAUGAGACUCUCUGGAAGAGGGCAUGGGACUAUACACGGAAGAUUGCUCAUAGGAACAGCAGAAAAAAUCCCCGCUCCAGAGCUUGUUGACACCACCGGUUGUGGCGAUGCGUUCAUAGGAGCAGUGCUCUACGGGCUGUGCACAGAGAUGGCUCCGGAAAAGAUGCUGCCUUUUGCCUGUCAAGUGGCAGGCAUCAAAUGCAGAGCCAUCGGCGCGCGCACCGACCUACCGUGGCGAUCCGAUGCCCGCUUGUCCAAGUACUUGCGUGAGGCACCCUGA